CCCUGCCCUGCCCUGCCCUGCCCGCCCUACCCAGCACCAGCCUCCUCCAAAACUGCCCACCCGCUCUGCGCCCCAGACAAAGCUGCCUCCUGACUCCCACAUUCGCAAUUCCACAAUUGCCUGCACCGCUGCGCUGACAUGGGCAAAUAUACUUUCGUCUGGGAACACGCUGCCACCGAUGUCUACGUGACCGGCACCUUUGAUGACUGGAGGAAAACAGUCAAGCUGGACCAGGACCCUGAUGGCGUCUUCCGAAAGUCGGUCGAGCUGCCCAAGCUCCACACGCAGUACAAGUUCGUCGUAAACGGCAACUGGUGUACCAAUGAAACGGCGCGCAAAGAGGACGACGGCCACGGCAUCAUCAACAACGUCCUCCUGCCCGAAGACAUUGUCGGCGAGGACCCCCUCAACACCCUGUCGUCGGCCGCCCCCGAGUCGACAACCGCUGCGCUUGCAGGCAACGUGCCCAAGGAGGCCGCCGACAAGGACGAUACCGCACUGCCUGGCGCCUUUCCCGAGACGCCCUACACAGAGACGCCCGCCGCCGAGGCGCAGACGUUCAACGUCGCCCCCAUUCCUGCCACCCAGACGCUCGGCAACCCCAUUGCGCUUGCGCCCGGUGAGCCCGUGCCUGAGGCAAGCACUCUGACAGAUAACACUGUCGAGUCGACGGUCAAGCAUGACGAGGAGCCCCAGCAAGAAGCCUCCACAUUCGGCGUCGCUCCCAUCCCCGCCACCGCCGGCGCUGGGAACCCAAUUCACCUUGCGCCUGGCGAAAAGGUGCCAGACGCCACCACCCUGACGUCCAACACCGUCGAGAGCACCGUCAAGACCGACGCUGCUUCGUACGAAAAGGCGGAUGCGCUGCCGCCCCUCGACUUUACCCCUCAGGCCGAGCGCGACGCAAAGGGCGGCAUGUUCGACCUCCCUCCCGUCAUUGGCAACAUGAUCCCCGAGUCCAGCCUUCCCAUGGGCGUUGAUGCCAAGACUGAGCAAGAUACCGGUGUCACCAUCCAGUCUUCUGCCCCUACAAGCACAACGGCUGAGCUCGCUGGCCAGGUCCCCAAGGAGCCUCGCAGCGACGUUCCCGAAGCUGUGGUCGAGAGCCAGAAGGAGGCGCACGUCGAGCCCGAGGCGUCUGCAAACCCUGAAGCCGUCGAGGAGAAGAAGGAAGUCGAGCAGGAGCUCAAGGAGGCGGUUCCCGAGGCGCCCGUCACAAGCCAGGACCCCACCCUGAGCGAACAGGCCGAGGCUGCCAUUGCUACUGCUGCUGCUGCUGCUGCUGCUGCUACGGCGGGCGCAGGUCUCUUCGCCGCCGCUGCCUACGCUGCCAAGGACAAGGUCGCCGAGGCCACUGGCAUGAACGGACCCAGCACAUCGACUGCCGACGAGGUGCCCAGCGUGGUUGCAGAGAGCCAGAAUGCCGCACACGCUGAGCCCGAAGCGGCUGCCAGUCCAGAGGUUGUUGCGGAAAAGUCGGCCGUGGAGCAGGAGCUGCUCAGCGAGGUUCCCAAGACCAAUGAGGCUGGUGAUCCCGCUCCCGCCAUUGCCGUUCCUGCUGUUGUCGCUGACAGCCAGCAACAAGCACACGUCAGCCCCGAGGCGGCCUCUAGCCCCGAGGUGGUGGCAGAGAAGUCGGCCGUGGAGCAGGAGUUGCUUAGCGAGGUCCCCAAGACGAACGAGACUGGUGAGCCUGCGCCCGCAGUCAGCACUGAAACUGCCGCCGCUGCCCCCAGCGCUCUCCCGGAGACGGCAUCUCCACAAGUCCCAGAGAUUGUGGCCGAGAGCCAGCAGGAGGCACACGUUAGCCCCGAGGCUGCCGCGAACAGCGAGGCCGUCACAGAAAAGGCGGCUGUCGAGUCUGAACUGCUCGACAAGCUGCCCAAGUCUGAGGAAGCUGGUGAGCCUGCGCCUGUCAUCACUGCUGCUACCACUGCCACCGCUCCUGGUACCAAUGCAGAGGCUGUUGCUGCCGACGUGCCUGAAAUCGUAGUCGAAAGCCAAAAGGAGGCGCAUGCUAGCCCCGAGGCCGCCACCAACGCCGAGGCAGUCGAGGAGAAGAAGGCUGUGGAGAGUGAACUGCUCAACGAGGUCAAGCCAACCGACGCCGCCGGUGAGCCCGCUCCCAGUGCCACGGAUGCUGCUACCAAAGAUGCUGGCCUCUCGGAUGGGGCUCUCGUUGACUCCAAGCCACUCGAGUCUUCCAGCGAGCCUGCGACUGCGCCUGCCCCUGAGACUGAGGCUGCCAAGCCCGCCGAAUCCAAGCCCAUUGACUCUACCACGGACGUCGCCUUUGGCAGCAAGGAGCAAACACCGCCCGCCACAGAAUCAGACAGCGCCAAGCCCGAUGCCACGACGUCUGAACCAUCUGGCCAGCUGGCCCCAGAGACGCCCGCCAAGAGCCUGAGAAAAGACUCGGACGUGUCUCCCAAGGGUACGCCCGGCAGCCAGAGCAUUACAUCUGCUGCCGACGACAAGAAGAAGAAGCGCCGCUCCUUCUUCGGCAAGCUCAAGGACAAGUUCACGGGCAAAGACAAGAACUAAGCGGCCCGUUCAUUACCCGCCAUGUCUGUUCUCCAAGUUUAUCCUCGUCCCUCGAGGCGAUGCAGGGAGCUUGAUAAUACCCGGGGCUUGCUACCGCUUAGGUCUAGUUGUUCCCCAUGUUGAUUAUUCGUGUCACGGAGUUAUUGUUUUUCUUUGGUCUAUACCAUUUCUUUCCAGUGUGUCUGACAUGUCCCGUAGCAAAAUCUGUUGCGUUAUUUUUGUUGAUAUGCAUGUCUCUCAAAGCUCCUUGGAGGUUGCGAGGUUGAUGGGAAGAGAUGGGUUACAGUAAACAUGGGGGGUUGGUUGACGUGCUUGUCACGGUAUUGCAGGAGCUCGUAUUGCCCAUCCGAGUGCACUUAAUUUAUUAAUGGUGAUGCGUUAAUUGCUGUUAUUCUGUUAUUCUAACCGUGAUUCUGACUAUUACUCUGAUUAUGCUGUCCUAAGUGGUCUACAACAUGUUCACAUUGCACAUGAAGAUGACCUAAC